CCGCGUUAGGACAAACUUCAAACCGGUUUAAAUCCCCGCUUGGCGUCCCGGUAACGACGCCGUGAGCCGCUUGAUGCACCGGGCGGACCUGUAAGAACCGGGUCUGUUCACGGUAAACGGUUUCAGGCGCAAACGCGCAGUUCCUCGCGAUAUUGACCCCGCAGUCUGAUUUCCGGUAAACAGCGCAGACCGACAGGUAUCGAUCCUCACUUCCUGUUUAUGUAGCGUAGCUUCGAUGAGAAAUUCGUUAACUAGAAUGCUGCGUUCAAGUGAAAGAAAAGAGAAUCUGAAAAGUGAUGAGAAAGCGGAAUAACCGUGAGGACAGCGACCGGGACCUGAAGCAGCGGCCCGGCAGCGGAGCAGCGGGGCCCGCAGCGGGACGAGAGGGGGGCAUGGGGAAACCGUUCAGGAGGUUGGGUCUGCUGGGGAAGAUGAAGAAGAUGAUGCUGUGGCUGCUGGUCGUCUACGUCUUCAUUCCCUUUAUCGUCAAGCUCUGUCCCUCCAUCCAGGCCAAACUCGUCUUCCUCAACUUCGUGAGGAUGCCGUACUUCAUUGACCUGAAGAGACCUCUGGACCUGGGACUGAACCACACACGCAACCUGUAUCUGGAGCCAGAGGCGGGGCUUAAGAUCGGAGUCUGGCACACAACCCCAGCUCUUAUGUGGAGAGCAGCUGAGGGGAAACGAGGCGACUGGUACGACUCCACCUUUAGCUCCUCCCACCCUGUCAUCCUCUAUCUCCAUGGAAACGCAGGGACCAGAGGAGGAGACCACCGUGUUCAGCUGUACAAGGUCCUCAGUUCUUUUGGAUAUCACGUCGUCACGUUUGAUUACAGAGGGUGGGGGGAUUCAGAUGGCUCUCCCUCAGAGGGGGGGAUGACAUCAGACUCUCUCUUUGUCUACGAUUGGCUGAAACGACGCGUGGACGACAAAACGCCGCUUUACAUCUGGGGACACUCUCUGGGAACGGGAGUUGCCACCAACCUGGUCAGAGAGCUGUGUGACAAAGGAAGUCCUCCUGAUGCUCUGAUCUUAGAGUCUCCGUUCACCAACAUCAGAGAGGAGGCCAGGAGCCACCCCUUCUCCAUGGUCUACAGGUACCUGCCCGGGUUUGAUUGGUUUUUCCUGGACGCCAUCACAGCCAACAACAUCCGCUUCGCCAGCGAUGAGAAUGUGAACCACAUCUCCUGCCCCGUGUUGAUCCUCCACGCUGAGGACGACCCCGUGGUUCCUUUCCAGCUGGGCAAAAAGCUCUACAGCGAGGCCUCCCAGUCCCAGAGCCUCAGCGGGCACAAGGUGCAGUUCGUUCCCUUCUCCUCGGCUCUGGCCUACAAGCACAAGUUCAUCUACAGGAGCCCCGAGCUGCCCAACAUCCUCAGUGAUUUCUUCGGCUCGGCAGCAGACGGGCGAUCUCACCUGAAGACGCACGACCUAUCAUAACUUAAUAUUCUGGACUGGACGCACGAUUCCUUUUGACUUCCUGUUUCCAUUCCGUUUACGGCGAGGAGGACGAGGACGAGGAGGAUGAAGAGGAGGACGAGAAGAGAGAACUUUCCUUUUGAAAUAUUUAAAUCUUCUUGAUUCUUUAACACACGUGUGUUUAAUUUCAGUUUUGAAUCUCUUUUUGUUUUUAAUAAUUGUCUUCUCAGUUUUAAUGCCUGUUAUGACUUGAAUUAUGAAUUAAAGAUUUCUUGUUUUAUGUAA